AAAAAAUGAAACCUGUAUCCUUUCAAGAUCUUGACAUUGAUACUCCAAUUCCUUACUCUGCUGAAAUCUCAAGCAAUAGUGAUCAAGAAGCAUCUAUCUCACAAGAUACUUACACCUUCGACGAAAGUUCUAAGCAAAGCAGGUGUGGGUUUCAGAAAAUAGGAAAUUGAUACACCUUCUUACACUCAAAGGAAGGGAAACCAAUGAUCACGAUUGGCCCUGAUUUCAAAUUCUCGAUAAUCAUGCUACUCGGAGCCCUGGCUUACCUAGUCUUGGCAACUUAUGGCAUCAGGAAGAUCAGUGAUUCUUACUGGUACGUUCGAAUUGGAAUGUACGCAGUUCUUUGUGUAUUUUUUGGAUCGAUGCUGGCUACUGUUUUGGUUAACCCAGGAAUUCCGAAGAUGACUAGAUCGAAGGAUUUGGGCAAUCCUAUGUAUUGCAGGAAGUGAAAAAUUGUAGCUGAUGGGUAUCGUGUUAUCCAUUGAAAUGUAUGAGAAGUAUGUGUAGAAGGCUACGAUCACCACUGCCCAUGGAUGGGUAAAUGCAUAGCUUCUAGAAACAUCUACUUGUUUAAUCUCUUCAUAGUCUCUUACGUGAUCUCCUGGAUGUGUAACAUCCUGACUUGGCUAAUAGUGGUGGUUCCACAUUUGAUAAAGGGACAUUAACAAGAUUUACAGUUGUCACAGAGCCAAGAUUUAUUCUUAAUACCACAGAUAUUUGGUUUAUAUGGGGUUUUGGGGUUUUGG